AACGGCCAAUUUUUAACCCGAUGAGAAGGUCUUCAAGGAUUGUUGAAUCCGUGCCGAUUGUUGUGGUGGUACAACUGGGGCUAGAGUUUCGAAAAAGACUUGUAGCUGGGUGGCAAGUGCUUCCCAUCAGAGAAUAUAGGCGCCGAAAUUUUCGCGUGCUAUGGAGUAAGCAACCUCAUCAACUUGUGUGUCACCUAUCUUAGUAGGGAUGAUGCUGAUUUGGGGUUCCACUGACUGGGUAGUCUGCUUGUCACUCUGGAGACCUCUGGCUUCGAUUGUGCACGACGCAUGUGUCUUCUUUAAUUCGGUAUGUGUCAAAAACAUAACACAAGCGACAAGUCCGCGUCAUGGAACAACUUUUUUAGGACGAAGCGAACCAUUCGAUGGGUCUGUUUUUUUUUGGGGUUCAAUUAUUGGCCUAAACAGGUUAUAGUGACAUCAUUGUGUGGGACAAUUGAUUCGGUCAUGGAGAGGAAGCUUUGGUGGCAUUUUUAUCAAAAGGAAACCAAUAUCUUGACUGGGUAACCAUCUCGGACAAGAUUGGCUUUUUGUAUGACCUCCGGAUCAUGCAACUUGUCAGACUCUUUUCCCCACGUGGUUGAACGAUCCCUUUCAGCCUACGUUUGAAUGUAGCCAAUUGGAAGGUGUGGUCAUUUGCCACGAAUCCGAUAUCACGAAGAAGCUAAUUCAUAAGUCAAUCAACGGAAUCUUCUAUCGAGAGGGGUCAAGUUUUUGAUGCUCUUUUGUGAUAUGUCUUGGAUUGAACAAUGGUGUGUAGGGUGAUCUAACUGUGACUCAAUAUAUGUAGCUAAGCUGCCUAAUAUCAGAACACGCGUAAGAAGUACUUGUGCCUUUUGGAUGGAACCAACAACUGUCCAACUGCCACGUCACAUCUGACGUGAAGAUGGAAGAAAUGGUCGUCAGCUAAGGUAAUUUUACUCAGAGGCGUUAAAGGUGAACUUUUUACAUAGGGUGUCUGCCAAGUAGUUGCCACCUGUAUGGACACGUGUUCAAUCUUCCGUGGUAAACUCCGCACUGGAAGACAUUAACGAGAGCUGAAAUUGCGGCCCUGCGUAAAGUUUUCUACACGGAAAAGGUAUAACACUAGCUGGUAGUGAGACGCAUACGUAUUCCAUCCGUGCGCGUCGUCAAAGGUAUGUGAUUUACAUCGUGAAUCAAGUCUACUCGCAUCCUUGACUAUUCGAUACGCAAAGGCGUGUUGGCGAGCUCUUAAAAUUGACUACACGCAAACCUAUGCCUACGACCGUGCGAAACGGAAGCACGACGUAUGGAGAGUCUACGGAGGGACUGUCUUUGAGACAAACAUCAACGUAUGGCGCCGACUGGUACAAAAUUCCGGAUUCUUGUAAUAAUUUUUGCGUACGCAAACGAAGGAGUUGUUCUGGAGUGUCGUUUUCCAGGACCAUGCUGCCAAACAAAGGUGUAACUGAAAAGACGUAAGAUGGCGAAGAAGCGUCGUGCGGAGCGUGGGGAUUUGGAUGAAGGCCAUGCAUUACAACAUUAGAUUGUGACUGGUACACAUGCUCUUACAAGAGAGUAAGGAAUCCGGAAGAUCGGGUUAACGACUGGUUCUACGAGCGAUACGAAGACAGACCAUAAGUCGUCUGAAAGGCAGAGUCUUGGCCAUUCAUCGUGACUCGUAUCCACAGAGAUGAUCGGGAAGAAUACAUUGUAUCGCAACUGCGGCACGACGACGGAAGGAAUCUUGGCAGCAAGGUCUAAAAGAUCCCGCAGCACUGAAAAGCCUAGGGACCUAAAUCAACGCUAGUAAUGGGUGACUCUUUGCUGUGAUUUCUCGGCUCCUCUUACGAACCGGACUCGAGUCUAAUGGGAUCUCCUUGGUCCCGAGGAUCUAUGGACCUGAACGGGAAGGAACUGGAAGAUCUUUUCCGAAAGGAAACGAUAAACUCUGUACUCUCUAACAACUUCAGAGGGAGAAAUCAAAGCUAAGAAAAUGCGGUGGUGUGGGAUGCGGUGACCAUGACGGGUGGAAUUACAUCUGUUCCUCUGCCUGCCUAUUGGUCUUCGAAGACUCCCGAACAGUGGAAAAGAGGACCCUUGAGAACGUUAGCUUGCAGCAAUCCACGAUGUGCCGCCAACAACGUCAAUUACUCAACGGUUGGUAGUAAGUCUCCCGUGGGGAGAUCAGGGCGCCAGUGCAGAACCUCGUCAAGAUCAAGGUCCUUGUCUGUCACGUCAAAUCCGAGUACGCCGGAGCAAGCAGAUGGAGAGGCGAGGAAAUGCGGCGAACUUAGGUGUAGCGACUGCAAUGCGCCUUUGAUUCCUUUGAGUCAAACGCCUUCUCGGACCACGCCUUCGAGUUUCUUAAAUCCAGCAGCCUUAUCGACGAAUUCCUUAACGCCGCCUACGCCCAUUUCCGCACGCUCAGCAACUCCUCGCUCAUACCUCGCCAGAUUGGAUCGAAGCUAUUGUAUCACUUCGUAUGUUGCUCCUCGAACACGAGAAUUACCUCCAUACAUCAAAAGACCUGCAAUCUUCAGGAAGAACACAGCGAGCGCUCCUCCUCCGUCAGAAUGUGGUGGCGAUUACAACGACGAUAUUCGGGGCAAGUUCCUUUCAGAAGAGGUUGUGCAAUCCGGAAAAGGCGAGGACGAUUUUUUGCUGCGGAAUGGCCAAAAGCCCUCUCCUUCGGCGGACCAAGCAAGAACACCAGGCGAUGAUACUGAAAAUGGAAGUGCAUCACCUCAUGUGUCGGCUGAGAUGAUAAAUGCAGUUCCAGAAAAGAGAACUGCUUCACCUUUCCAAGAACAUGUUUCAACAGAAGAUCGAAUCUUAUCACAUCCGCAAAAUUCGCCACAAGCAGUCAUUGAAACGGAAGAAUUGCUCGUUGAGAUGGUGGACAUCGACAUCGCCACGGCAAUUGUCGCGGGCAAGGUCCUUGACGAAGCACGGGAGAACGCAAACGACACGCUUCUUUCGACUUUUGAAGGGAGCAACGUAGAGAGUGAGAGUAGCGCCAGUCCAUCCCUGAGCGAGAAAGGCCUGAAUAAUUGCAACGAGCUUCUGCCCUUCUCUGACAGAAAUCGCAUCUCUUCGUUUUACAAUGCGCUGUAUACUCCAGAUACCAACAACGGCGAGGAGCAAGAGCUAGAUCUCUUCGUGAGAAGAAGCGGUGCUGAACAUGCUUUGAAGCUCAAGGUGGCAGUUGAGAUUGCCUUGUUGAGUGCCUUCGUUACCAUCUUAGUGCUCGCUUGCUUACCCUCCUUUCUCAGUAGUUUGAGAUACCAUACGUUCGGCUGCUGCUCUUGCACAAAUCAAACGGCCUCUGUUGCACCGAGCCGUCAUUUUGAGCAGUUGCUGUGGUUUGAACGUUGGGUUUACAGAGGAGCUCACAAUCUGUUGGGCUGUCGAUCGCCAACGCAAGUUAUUGGCCGCACCUUGCUAACGUGAACCAUUGAAGAUUGUCUCGGUGUCGAAAAUUUCCCCGGCUAGAAGAAAGUAGGAUCCUCAGUCAGAACUUCCGAUUCUGCUGAACCCCAAGCAUUCGGUAGCGGUUGAAGGAGAUCCUUAGCCUUGUUGGAACCUUCAUACCUCGAAUCUCCAAGCGAAUCCAACUCAUUUCUUUACGUUAUUCAUGGAUUCUCGACUCUCUUUAAAUGCGUUCGUGCACCACUGUCCCUAGACCUGUUGCAAUGCCCGUCCGCUUGUGGGGAGGAUUGAUCGGAAGUUGUCUCUUCUUAACUGCCAUCUCGAGCUCCGAUCCUCCCUAGUCAGAUGUAUGUGAAUCACACCAUCCGAUCUCAUUUCCUACUACCAUGCAGAUCCAAAAGUUUUCGCACGUCUUGGUAAAUGAAAUGAAUCCCGGUUUAC